AUGGGAAGGAUACUGUGCGUGGCAGAGAAGCCUUCGAUAGCUAAGGCAGUGGCAAACCAUCUGGGUGGACAAGUUCGAGCGGAAAGCAUCCGCGGCACCCAAUACAUCAAGAACUACAAAUUUGACUACAACUUCCAACGCUGGGGCGAGUCCUCCGUGACGUUCACUUGCGUGGCAGGCCAUGUCCAGCAGCAAGAGUUUACCGACCGCUACCGCAAAUGGCAUGCCUGCCAACCGUCGGAUUUGUUCGACGCCCCUAUUCACACGUUUGUCGCUGAGAGCAAGAAGGCGAUAGCCGCCAACAUCGAACAGCAAGCUAGAUAUGCCAACGUGCUAUUCAUAUGGACCGAUUGCGAUCGCGAGGGCGAGCACAUUGGAACCGAAAUACGAGAAAUCGCAUUGAAGGCGAACAGGAACCUUGAAGUCGUGCGAGCAAAGUUCAGCAACAUCGAACGAGCACACAUCAUCGCUGCCGCCCGCAACCCCGUUCCACUGGACCAGGCACAAGCCAAUGCCGUCUCCGCACGCAUCGAACUGGAUCUCCGCCUGGGAGCAGCAUUCACGCGCAUGCAGACGCUGUCACUGCAAAACAUGAUCCCACAGCAGGGCGAGGAACGUGGCAAACUCAUCAGCUACGGCUCGUGCCAAUUCCCGACCCUCGGCUUCGUCGUGGACCGCUAUCUGCGGGUUCGAAACUUCGUGCCGGAGCCCUUCUGGUACAUCAAAGUCGUGCACGAGAAGGACGACAUCAACGUGAAGUUCUCCUGGCGACGAGGCCACCUAUUCGACCGGAUGGCCGUGACGAUAAUCUACGAGCGAUGCCUCAUCUCGAAGACCGCCAAAGUCACCAAGAUGCAGACGAAGCCGACCAAGAAGUGGAAGCCGCUCCCACUCACGACGGUCGAGCUCCAGAAGAUGGGCAGUCGCUUCCUCAACAUGACGAGCCAGGAGGUCAUGAACGUCGCGGAGCACCUCUACACGCAGGGCUGGAUCAGCUACCCGCGCACGGAGACGGACCAGUUCGACGCGGGGAUGGACCUGCGCGCGCUGGUGCAGAAGCAGGUUCAAGACAGUCAAUGGGGCGGGUUUGCACAGGGGCUCGUGAACGGCGGGUUCAGCCAGCCUCGCGACGGCCGCAACAACGACAAGGCGCAUCCUCCGAUCCACCCGGUCAACUACGUGGUCCCGAGCACGCUGAACGAGCAGCAGAGGAAGGUGUACCAGUUCGUCGUACGUAGGUUCCUGGCCUGUUGCUCGGAGGACGCGGUGGGCGAGGCUACGGAUAUUGAGAUUGAGUAUGGGGGGGAGACGUUCCACGCUCACGGCCUCACGGUCAUUGCACGCAACUAUCUAGACGUCUAUCCUUUCGACAAGUGGGAGAGCAGCCAGAAUCUGCCGCAAUAUACGGUUGGCGAGACGUUUGAGCCGAAUGAGGCGACUAUGCACGACGGGAAGACGUCGUCUCCAACCUACCUGACCGAGCCUGAGCUCAUUGCCCUCAUGGAUGCGAAUGGGAUAGGCACAGAUGCCACGAUGGCAGAGCACAUUGCCAAGAUCAAGGAGCGCGAAUACGUGAUUUCUAGAACGAAAGGCGGAGGUGGUGGUGCAACUACAGCAAGCACUCGAGGGGGAGCAGCAGCAGGCAGAGGCCGCGGGAGGGGGAGAGGAGGACGUGGUGGACGAGGAGGUGCAGCAGCUCAGAGUGGUGGAGCAUCAGGCGGAAGUGGUACCGGCGGAGUGCAGGAAUUCAUUCCGACGACGCUCGGAAUCGCUCUGAUCGAAGGAUACGACAACGUGGGGAUCGAAACGAGCCUCAGCAAGCCGUUCCUACGCAAAGAGAUGGAAGUCCAAAUGAAGGCCAUCUGCGAAGGCCGCAGCACGCGGAACGACGUGGUGCAGCAGAACCUGGAUCAGUACCGAGCGAUGUUCAAUCGGACGACGCAACAGAUCAAUGUGCUCAAGGCUGUAAGCAUUUCCCCCCUCGCACUUCUCUCGUAG